GGCCGAACGCAACGCACAUGUGUGUUAUGUUAAUGGGGUCAGUUCUUGUGUCCGUGAAAGUGAAACGCAUUAACGCAUCGCCUACACAACGCAGCCAAAAAUGUACAAGGGAAAGGCGCAUGAAAGCAUCGCGGCUCCUACGCAACGCAGCCAAAAACGUACAAGGGAAAGGAGCCUUGACUCGGGCUCGGCUAAAAGAGUAAAAGUAAAAGUAAGUAAUCAUCCAAAACCUGGAAAACUUUUCUUUUUCUGUUUUUAAUGUACGAGAAUUUUAAGCUUAUUGAAGGACUUGGAGUCGGAAUUUGGGCUCGACUAGGAAUUGAUGGACUCGACAACAUGGCACUCCAGCCCCCUAAAGAGUUUGGACAGAUAACAACUAGAUGAAUACGUUACUAGACUCCUAUCUGAAAUGAAGUUGGACAGUUCUGCCAAAACACCAAAGCAAAACAUUGAAAAUAAUUACUAGCCGGAAUAUAUUUGUGCUGUUGCUUUAAACUUAAACCCAUUCAAGCAAUUUUGCAAGGCUUUUGUCUAGUAAAAAAGACAAAACAUGGGCACUAACAUUAAAUGCACGUUUUAUGUGAUAUGGCACGUUUUCCUGUCAAGAACGUAAUACAACCUAUUUUCGCAGACAAGACAAAUCAAAACAUGUCAAACGUAAACAUGUUAAAAGUCUCACACGGGUUAUCAACAAGAGAGACGGCCUUUUCCCUAAUAUUUACAAAAAAGGAAAAUGACCUACAUUGUAAACACAUUUACGUUGGUGGAGAAAAUUGAUCCAAAUGCUUACCCCCCCCCAAAAAAAAUCGUCACAGGCCUACUGGUCUCUCACAUGAUUUUGACAGCUCGCUAGGUUUCUAGGAUGGGAUAAUCGGCUUAUUUGCUCUGUAUAAAACUUGGGGCAUCCCUCAUUAUUUCCCAGUCACAAAAUGUGUACAUGUAUAAGAGUGUGUGCAUGGGGGUAGGGUGCAUAUUUUGCCCAUGUUUGAGAGCUGCGCUGUCGUCAGCAGACCGCAGUCUGUGUGCGGCGUCCUCUUUUGAUGGCGAGUGACUGGAUUUUUGGUGGUCUACUGAGGUGAUUCAUUUGCGGCAAAUCAGUAAGCUGAAUAUUGAAGAGCGAUUGUCGUCCUUGGGUAGAACACUUCGUGCCUUGUUUGAAUGACCUUAGUUUCAUAGACAGUAGAAAGCAGAAUUUUGUUGAAGAAGAGGAAAGUUGCCUGAUCAAAACUAAAUGGCCUAUGCCUCAAGCGAGGAUGCGAUCUUCUUUAUUCGCCAAGGGGGAGGGGGGAAAAGGGUAUCACCAUUCACGACAGAUUAUAGAUACCGGUUAUGUUUGCCUAUCGUUUGCCUAUAACACAGCUUUAUGACAGGGGUUUGGCUAUUACAUAAUGGUGGAUGAGCUGGAUGCAAGGUCAUUACGUGGUGCGUGUGAGUCCGUGAUUCCUGACAGAAUCAGUGAGUGUUCACAGCCCUGGGCACGCAUUGAAAAUCAGGUUAGAACAACUACACACACUGUACGUGUACAAUGUACAGUACACGUACAUGUACAUGAUCAAUAGACUAGUGAUGUGUCUGGGUGUAGGUGUACAUGUACCGUACGUGUAAAUGCAUUGUACGUAUACUCAGUGGUAUAUAUGUACAUGUACGUACAUGUAUGCUUGGUCUAAAUUGGGUUCAACAAUGGAUGGGAAUGAUCCGCACUGUGGGCCCUAAUGACUAGUCAUGUGGCUCGUUGAGGUUGUGUUCUGUUAAAUUCUGCUCUCACGACCAGGUUCAACAUUGUCAUCGUAAAGACUAAGGGACUGUGAAAGCAGCGAGCGGACAGACUUUUCAAGGAUGGGAGUCGGGGCUCGGCGACGUGGAGCUCGGGCUAGGCGUGUUCAUCAUCAUCGCAGACGUCACCGCCAUCACCAACGGCGACAUCAUCAUCACCAUCACCACCGCCGAACAGGUGCACACCAUGGUGCCCGACAGACUUUCCCCGUCACGGGUUUUCAUGUCCUCUUUGGAAACCGCCGGCAGCGCACCGGUGGCGGUGCCCAGACCACUGUGACUGCCACAUCAUCGACUGAUGGAAGUCGCUCAGGAGUUUGCAGGGCACCGGCCUGGCUGGCGCCGCUCGUCGUCACCUGUGUUCUGGUUACGUUGAUGAUUGCCGCGUUUGCCGUUCCGUCGAUUCCAUUCCCGGUCGGCAUAACGUGCACUGUGCUUUUUGUCCUCAUCAUUGUCGUACCGUUCGUCUCAAACGUGAUACAGACGAGGAAGGCUCGGCGGAGUGCCGAGCCCGAUGUCGAGGCACCGCCAGCAGCCGAAGAAGGGCCUCAAAGGAAUGCUGCCGCGGAUGGCUUCACCACCACAUGGAAUGCUUAUACGGGCACUGCAUUCAUAGGGUCGAGAGUUGCCGAAGGAGGGCCGAACGUUGUCGAUAACUCAGCUGUCUUCUACGGAGGCCCCUCGAUAAAUAUGGAAGAUGUCAGCAUUCGCAGUCCAGGAGUAAGCGGUCAGCCAAACACCGAUUACGCCUAUGACCCUCCGCCGUCUUUCACUGAGGCUACAGCUGCGUCCCUAGCUGGUGAACCAGCAGCUGGCCUUCCUGAUUUCACGCAACAAGGACUACACACAGAGGCAGCCGUCAGCGGUGCCGUGGAACCCAACAUGGCUGGCCCGACGGUUGAGGCACCGGCUGCAACCGACGAGCCCCCUCCGCCUAGUUACGAAGAAGCCGUAGCUGGUGAUACUGUUUAAGAUCCGAAAAACAGCAAGCUAACUAUGCAUGGUGUUCAGAGAGGAAACACUCCUCUCACCCAAAGGAACUCAUUUCGAACUGAUUUACGCGUACUUCACAACUAUAUCGCGGAAGCAGCUUUCUUUCCUGUCCCAAAUCACAGUUAUGAGCAAUAGCUUCAACACAGUUACGCUGAAUGACAUUUCGCAUAAAUAAUUAUUCACGUACUUGUACAACUCACUGCCUUUCUAUCGUUUCUAAGUGCCUUUUAUGUUUCUAAGCACCUUCAUUAACUCAAAUUUUAUACUAGAUGAACAAAUAAAUACUCCAUUUUGCGCCGAUAUGUAGCCGUGAUUGUGACAGGAUGCCCUGGAAAAUUUCAAAAUUGAUUGUUAUCAGACGCCAUCUUGAACCCGACAACCGAAGUCACGUCCAAAUCACUUGACUGCGGCUCAGUGAAAUUACACGUGACUCUAUGGGCAGUGACUGCAGCCAACAUCAUAGCUUUUUGUCCAUUCUUAAGCCACAGCCAAGUAAGUCGGAAACGGCCUAAUUUUUUCUUAACCUCCACUGACUGUCAAGCGAACCAUUGAAUGGCCAAGAGCCGGGAAAUAAUCUCUCAAAUGUGCAGCCGGCAUUGUCAUGCAGAUAAUUCCGUUAAUUUCGUUGUGCUUUUUUCACUUAAUAUUUGUUAUCCAUCUGAGGCAUUUGAGUACUUUUUCUAUUAAACUAAAAACCCAUCUGUUAUUGAUACAGUUGUAUAAAAUAAAAGUGUAGCUCAUUCCAUGUUAUAUACAUGUAUUGUAAAUAUUUCAGUAUGCCGAAUAAUUUUACAUCUUUAAAGUUGUGCAUUGGUGUAGACCUGUUGUACGCUUGGCAGUUUAGGCUUGUACUUUUUUUUAUACAUUACUACACUCCAUUCGUUUUUCGUAUUUCAUGUGGACACUGUUUUCGUUAAAAAGUUCUGUCUAUGCACUAUACCAGUGAUUCAAGGGUUUGUUUUACGUUUACUUUUGAAAGAAUCUUUAUAUUGCUUAUCGUAGUUAUCACUAUAAGUGACAUCUAUUCUAUAUAAUUUUCAUGUUUUAACAUUCACAGUGUCGUGUCUUUUUGCGAUGUAGCACCCCUUUUUUACGAUUAAAAUUGCUGUCAUUGCAUCCCUUUUGAAAACAACAAAACCCCCCAAAAGAAGAAGACAGACAUGAUCGCCGGAGAUAUUUUGUGUAGCAUACACCCUGAGAUUUUUCAACCUCACUUCAUCGGAACCAUGGAGUGCGAGCAGAAGGAACGAAGCGUUGUUUUCAGGACUGCUGCUCGUUCGUAAUGAAAGCCUCUAGGCCAUACAUCCUUGAAUUCGUUCCAAACUUUGGUUUGGUCUUUGAGGUGUUGCGAAACCAAAAAGGAAAGUUAAUGAAACAGUGACGUACCUAGACAGUGGCGUAAAUUUGUGCUAGAAAUUGGGGUGGUGGCGGGGGGGAUGUCUUGGGGAUGACUUGCGUGGCCGUGGAAAUUAAAGCAGGUAGGGGGAUGCUGACACCAUAUGACACUAUAUGAGGGCGAUGUUCAUGAUACAUCUGUAAUAUGCGUUACAUUCUUGCAGAAUCUGAAGUCAGAACAGCAUAUUUCUGGAUUUCUUUAUUCUCCCUUUUUGAGUGGGGGUUGAUAAUUCUAUAGCCCACCCCUGGCUAAAGUGGAAGGGAUAUAAAUACUCUCAUCUCCCUUGUGUAACCGAAUCUCCGGUAAGAAGGUCAUUUACCCUCUCCUACCAUACGCUCAUGCGUGAUAGAUCUGACAAAUCCGCAACGACUACUCAGUUGUUGAUGUGGUGUCAGUCAAUGCUGUGAAAUAUUAAAGAGACUGGGAACCACUCUAUUUCUAAGAUCCAACACAUAAACGGACUGUAACUAGG